AUGGUGUUCAUCGAAUAUGACCUCAAUGAGUUCGGCUCAAACAUAACCAUCCUACAACCCUCUUUCAACCCUGAUCUCACCCAGGAUCCAGUCGUCAUUAGUAUAUCUCGUGAUCAAUUCGUCGCCUUCCGCAUACCAAAUGAAUAUGGCAUCAGCGUGAUAAUUGAACAGCACCUGACUCCCAAAGAAAUUGUCGUCCUCCUCGUCAACAAUGACUAUGCCCUCAUUGGCCGUGUAUCGGUAUACAAUGCUCGUGACCCUAGCUACUGGGGCAAACAGCUGAAUGGAGCCCUUACAGAACAGCUUCACUGGCGCGACAAACUGGCCGAUAGCAAGCUCUUCGUAUGGGAGCCCAAAGAGGAGAUUCCUGAAGAGUUUACCACGAGCUUUCUUAAAUCAUGGACUUCCAAUUGGAACUUACACGCAACUCGUGAAGUAUACGAAGUCAUGGCUAAAGAAACUAUCACUGCCAUGGAGUUUAACAAGCACAAGAUAACUCGUACCCUGGAUAGCUGGACGAAGUGCGGUGUUGAAUCCAAGACGCUAUAUCGCUCUGACUAUCUUAGCAAGCUGUGA